AUGAAUAAUGAUAAAGAUUUUCCCAAAGCUGGCGUCUCUUCAACAACUUCAGGAUGGCCUUCCUUUAAUGACAUCAAAGCACCUCCUCUCACUUAUUCUCUAUCUGCAGAAGAGAAAGCAACUGUGGCAGUGCUGCAAUUGCAGCACAAAGCAUUAGAAGCUUGCCAGAAGUUCUUAGUCGGGGAUGCUGGUUCUAACGGUGACGAAGAUGAUAAAGAUGAUGAGGAUGAAGACGAAUUGGUAAAUGAUUAUGAUUCUAAAGAAUGUGAGGAGUACAAGUUCUUUGAAAAAGUGUUUGCAGAAGAUGGUGACUUGAGGAGAUAUUAUGAGAGCAAUCAAAAGGAAAGGGAUUUUCAUUGUUUGGUUUGUGGAGGUAUAGGGAAGAAGGUAUGGAAGAGGUUUAAGAAUUGUAAGACACUAAUUCAUCACUCCACUGCCAUACUAAGGACAAAAAGGAAGAGAGCUCACAGGGCCUAUGCACAGGUUAUCUGCAAAGUUGUUGGUUGGGACAUUGAUCAAUUGCUAGCUAUUGUAUUAAAGGAUUUGGAUUCCUCCUUGACAGGUUCAAGGAAGCUUUUGGAAUCUCAUGAAUCUCUGGUUUCUGGUGCUGAGUGGGAAAGUGAAAGCCCCAAGGCUGGUUUUUCUUCUACAGCUUCAGGAUGGCCUUCCUUUGAUGACAUCAAAUCAUCUUCUCUCACUUAUUCUCUAUCAGCAGAAGAGAAAGCAACUGUGGCAGUGCUGCAAUUGCAGCACAGAGCAUUAGAAGCUUGCCAGAAGUUCUUAGUUGAGGAUGCUGGUUCUGACAGUGACGAAGAUGAAGAGGAGGCAGAGGAUGAUGAACUACUAGAUAAUGAUUCUAAAGAAUCUGAGGAGUAUAAGUUCUUUGAAAAAGUGUUUGCAGAAGAUGGUGACCUUAGGAGAUAUUAUGAGAACAAUCACAAGGAAGGAGAUUUUUAUUGUUUGGUUUGUGGGGGUAUUGGGAACAAGGUAUGGAAGAGGUUUAAGGAUUGUAUUGGACUAAUUCAACACUCCACUGCCAUACUAAGGACAAGAAGGAAGCGAGCUCACAGGGCCUAUGCACAAGUCAUCUGCAAAGUUGUAGGUUGGGAUAUCGAUCAAAUGCCAGCUAUUGUGUUAAAGGAUUUGGAUUCCUCAUUAGCUGGUUCAAGGAAGCUUUUCGCUAAUUCUACUGAUGAUUUGAUGCUAAAGCUGAAGCUGAAGUUCAAGCCUUGA